AUGGCUGAGGAUGAUGAUGAUGAGUACCGAUCAUCACGCCACAUAGCAAUCAGUCUGUUUAAGCGAUACAAGAUGACUGUUGGCAGCGGAGGAGGUGACAACUUAAAAGAGUUUAUCCAUGCUGGGGUGAAUGCCUAUGCACUGGGCUGUACUGAUGAAGGAUUAAGAAAAGAACUUAAUGAUAUGAAGGAAUCUAGUGUUGAAAUAGAAGCAAUGCAAAAUUAUGGUGGAACGACUAGCUUGAAAUCUAAAAUUAUCUCAGAAGAGGUUGAUGAGUGCAUUCUGUGGUUGAGUAUCAUAUUCAUCACCAUCUUGUGUACACCGCAGCCCACUAUUGUUAGAUGGUCAGCUACACCCUCAAUGUCAGAUGAAGUGAGGCUUCAGUGGAAAGGCUUUUGUGCUAUUAUAGCAAAUGCAUACUUUUUGAGGGGAAUGGCGUGGCUUCCAGUAAAGACUCUUCAACUAGAGCAAAUGGCAGUAGAGGGACAAGCUGAGGAACCCUCAAUUGUUGCUAGCAGAAUGAGAUUAGUGUUUAGCACACUUGAGGUGGUGAGUCCCCAGUGGCCUAGAAUAUAGUUAAACAGUAUUGUCAUUUUUCCUAGAACUCAUGUCGUGCUUCUGUUUCCAAUUGAAGUUGUAAAUUUGUCAAUCAUAAUUUUCUGAAAAUUUCGAUUUGUAAGACGGUGUGUACUUGAUUUGUAAGAGAAAUUUCAAAUUCAAAUCUCUAAUAUUAAAUUAAAUCA